AGAGUUUUUCUCUCUUUCUGUUGGGCGACUCGGCAUUUCGGAAAACCUUACAGGCAGAAGAAAUCUGAGUCGUCCUCCUUCUUGCUCAUGUCUGAUUCUACAGAGGACAACUCGUCUGCUUCCCCGGGCGAAGAUCCCCCGAGGAGGAAAUCAGUUACUUUUAGGCUCCCAGUCAGCAGCAGGUCUUGGGAUGAAGGGAUCACUAGCUACCAGCUCGAGGAAGACGAAGAGGAGGUGGUAGAUGAAGAGAGCGAAAUGCCUAUGGAUUCCCCAGUAGUAACACGUCCAAAUAGGCUCUUGGAUGAAGAUCGGUACUACAGGCGAGGUAGCAGUGGUACCAUUGAAAGCAGGGGAAUGAACAGGUCCCGAUCUGUCAUCAUACGAUUGCAAGUUCCACGGGGACAGCAGGCAUCAUCUCAAAGAGCUUUCCGUGGAGAAAGUGCCAAUGAAGACCAGUUCCGCGGCCGCUCUACAACAUAUUCCGGCCCCCCGACCUCCGGGGGGUCCUCCCCCUCGUCUUUUAGACGCGUCCCAAGCCCCAUGACCACCAGAGCCCCCCUGAGAGCCACCAGAGAGGGUCAACUUUCUCCAGUCACCUCAGAAGUUGAAGUUUCUCUUCCACCGGAGAAAGAAGGCGGUGCAGAAGGAGGUACCAGCGAUGAGGAGCUUCCUGAUUUGAGUCCAACUUUUGCUCGCAGCAACCCGCAUCUUUUCUCCUCUCGAAGGAAUUCGUUUCUCUACCAGUCGGAUAACGAGGACUCUCCCCCUCUCAUUGUGGCUAACAAUCCAAUGUCUAGAGCUUCCAGUAUCAGCAGUCACUUACAAGAAGAAGGAGCUUCACCAUUUGUCACUCCAUUUGCUCAGAUUUUGGCUACUCUUUACAGGAUCAGGGCUCAGUACAUAAAGCUGACACACCCACCGAUUUCAGAUCAUCGCCGAAGGAGCCGCGGGUCGGGUCUGGACGUGGUUCAUGAAGAAUCGGAGGAGCUCUCUCCAGAGGAGUAUCAAGCGCUGGCGCUGACUACUCUGGAUGAGCUUGACUGGUGUCUUCACCGACUUGAAACCGUCAACUCAGCUAAGAGCGUUGGGAACAUGGCUCAGGAUAAGUUCAAGAGGCUGCUCUCCAGGGAACUCUCUCACAUGAGCGAGAGGAGCAGGUCUGGUCAGUUUGUGGCAGAAUGGGUCAGCACUAUCACUGGAAAUGCUCAAGACCGAAGUGAUGAGAUAGACAAAGCGCUGGAAAGCUUGUCUGUAGUUGAUACCUCACUCGGUCUUGAAGUAGCUAAGACUAAAGGAAGGCUAUCUGCAGCUCGUUCAACAUCAGUCACUGAUCAAGUAGCAAGGUUUGGCGUAGUAAGUGUUUUCAAUGAAGAGAAAUUGCAGGCAUUUAUCAAUAAUAGUUUUCAUCGUUGGGAAUUUGACGCUUUUGAAUUGAACUUCCUCACCCUUGAGCAACCGCUGGUCGUGUGUGCUUAUACUAUAUUCACUCAUCGAGGACUAUUUGUUGAAUUCAAAAUGUCAAAAACCAACUUCCUUAACUUCAUGGUAGCUAUUGAAAAUACCUAUUGGAAGCAGAAUCCUUAUCAUAACUCUAUUCAUGCAGCUGACGUGAUGCAGGCAGUCAAUUAUUUACUUAACGCCACUGUACUUGAGAAUGUCUUCAGUCCACUUGAGAUCCUUGCUGUAUUGAUUGCAGCUGCCGUCCACGAUGUUGAUCAUCCCGGCACCACCAAUCAAUUCCUCAUCAAUUCAAACGACGAUCUGGCAAUCAUGUACAACGACGAAUCCAUCCUCGAGAACCACCACCUUGCUGUAGCCUUUAAGCUCCUCAACGAUCCUUCUUGUAAUUUCCUUGGCAACAUUGAGAAGGCUCAGAUGAAAGCUCUUAGAAAGGUCAUCAUUGAUACAGUCCUUGCUACAGAUAUGAGUAAGCAUUUUCAGCAUCUCGGCGAGCUUAAGACAAUGGUUGAGACGAAGAUGGUCACGAAUGGCGGAGUCCUCCAGGUGGAAAAGUAUUCCGAUAGAUCUGAACAUAAAGAUAUCAGAAAAGUUGGUGAAAAGCGCCAGUACUCUAGUUUGGAAAAAAAUAGUAUACUCCAGUGUCUGGUUCAUUGUGCUGAUCUGAGCAACACUGCUAAACCAGUAGAAAUAGCCAGUCAAUGGGCUCACAGGAUAAUGGAAGAGUCCUUCAAGCAAGGAGACCAGGAGAAGAAGCUUGGCCUUGAUAUCAGCCCUCUUGGUGACAGGGAUAAUGUCUCUAUUGAAAAAUGCCAGGUAACCUUCAUUGAUUACAUUGUGUUCCCAUUGUGGGAGACGUGGGGAGAGCUGGUCUACCCUGAUGCUCAGGUCAUCAUAGACCACCUCUCCAGGACCAGGGACUACUGGUACCAGAGGAGCCUUAAGAUAGAGGAGGAGGAGGGAGAAGAGAAAGAGAAGGAAGGAGCAAAGGAUGGGGCUGAAGGAGCUACUCCUGAAUUGCUGUCUCCUGAGGCUACUAAACAGAGGAGGUUAUCCUAUAAAACGGCAAAGAAUAACAUGAAACUCCACGAUAGCAUCAAAUAAAGUGUACACUAUUAAUCUAUUGUCCAUUGCUGCAGGUACUAAUGGAACUCAUCCUCAGCCUCUCAUACAAUACAUCAACGAUCACUAUGAAUAUUAAUUAACCCUCUAUAGACUGGUUUUUAAUAGUAGUCAUGUUAAAAGCCAUGUCGUGUGUAUAUGUCAUAUUAUUGUUGUCAUUAUGAACAUUAUUAUUUAAUUGUUGUUUAUUAA